GAAUGUCGAAUGGUUCGGCUUUUGUAACUGGGGACACACACUAAAAACUGAGAGAAGCCAACGCUCCCUUCGCACCCUUCUUUCUCCCUCAAGGGCCCUGCAUGUCUAAUAUUUAGACAUGUUCAGCUUUAUGGAUUCCAGGACUGUACUGCUACUUGUAGCAACCCAAGUCUGUCUAUUAGCCGUUGUGAGAUGUCAGGAGGAGGACGACCAGGAGGAUGCUUUUAGCUGUUUACAGGACGGACAACGCUAUAGCGACAAGGACGUAUGGAAACCAGAGCCUUGUCGCAUCUGUGUGUGUGACACUGGAACCGUCCUGUGUGAUGAAAUUGUCUGCGAGGAGCUAAAAGACUGCCCCAAACCUGAAAUCCCAUUUGGAGAGUGUUGCCCCAUCUGCGCAGCUGACACAUCUACGCCCAUUGGAGUACCUGGAGCUAAGGGUCAGAAAGGUGAACCUGGAGACAUUACUGAUGUUGUAGGACCAAGAGGACCUGCUGGCCCUAUGGGCCCACCAGGAGAGCAAGGACCCCGUGGAUCAAGAGGAGAGAAGGGAGAGAAGGGAACCCCUGGUCCCCGUGGCAGAGAUGGUGAGCCUGGCACCCCCGGAAACCCCGGCCCCCCUGGACCUCCAGGACCUAAUGGACCCCCUGGCCUCGGCGGAAACUUUGCUGCUCAGAUGGCUGGUGGCUUUGACGAGAAGGCUGGCGGCGCACAGAUGGGUGUGAUGCAAGGACCAAUGGGCCCUAUGGGACCCAGAGGACCACCUGGCCCCUCCGGAGCACCUGGCCCACAAGGUUUCCAAGGCAACCCAGGAGAGGCUGGCGAGCCCGGACAAUCUGGCCCCAUGGGUCCCCGUGGCCCCCCUGGACCUUCUGGAAAACCUGGAGAUGAUGGUGAAGCUGGCAAACCUGGCAAAUCAGGCGAGCGUGGACCUACUGGACCUCAGGGAGCUCGUGGAUUCCCAGGAACUCCUGGUCUGCCCGGCAUCAAGGGACACAGAGGUUAUCCAGGUCUUGAUGGUGCAAAGGGAGAGACUGGAGCUGUUGGUUCUAAGGGUGAGGCUGGCGCUCCCGGAGAGAACGGCGCUCCUGGACCAAUGGGACCUCGUGGUUUGCCCGGUGAGAGAGGUCGUCCUGGACCCAGUGGAGCUGCUGGAGCCCGUGGAAAUGAUGGCUUGCCCGGCCCUGCUGGUCCCCCAGGCCCUGUCGGUCCUUCUGGAGCUCCUGGCUUCCCUGGCUCUCCUGGUGCAAAGGGAGAAGCUGGUCCUACUGGUGCUCGUGGACCUGAGGGUGCUCAGGGACCUCGUGGAGAGUCUGGCACUCCUGGAUCAUCUGGACCUUCUGGCGCUUCUGGCAACCCCGGUACUGAUGGCAUCCCUGGAGCUAAAGGAUCAUCUGGUGCUCCUGGUAUCGCUGGUGCUCCUGGUUUCCCAGGACCUCGUGGGCCUCCCGGGCCUCAGGGAGCUACUGGACCUCUCGGGCCCAAAGGAACAUCUGGAGACCCAGGUAUUCCAGGAUUCAAGGGAGAGGCUGGACCAAAAGGAGAAAUUGGACCAGCUGGUCCUCAGGGAGCACAUGGCCCACAGGGAGAAGAGGGCAAGAGAGGACCCAGGGGUGAGCCCGGUGCUGCUGGACCACUUGGACCUCCUGGAGAGAGAGGAGCCCCCGGUAACCGUGGUUUCCCUGGUCAAGAUGGUCUGGCUGGUCCCAAGGGAGCCCCCGGUGAGCGUGGACCCGCUGGUGCUAGUGGUCCUAAGGGUGCUAACGGUGACCCCGGCCGUCCUGGAGAGUCUGGUCUGCCUGGUGCCAGGGGCCUGACUGGACGCCCUGGUGACGCUGGUCCUCAAGGCAAAGUUGGACCUUCUGGAGCUCCUGGUGAGGAUGGACGUCCAGGACCCCCCGGCCCACAGGGAGCCCGUGGACAGCCUGGUGUCAUGGGAUUCCCCGGACCCAAGGGAGCGACUGGUGAGUCUGGCAAGUCUGGUGAGAAAGGACUGUCUGGAGCUCCUGGUCUGAGAGGUCUGCCUGGCAAAGAUGGAGAAACCGGCCCUGCUGGACCCCCCGGCCCUGCUGGCCCUGCUGGAGAGAGAGGAGAGCAAGGACAGCCCGGUCCCUCUGGCUUCCAGGGUCUGCCUGGACCUCCUGGCCCCCCCGGCGAGGGAGGCAAGCCCGGAGACCAGGGUGUUCCUGGAGAGGGUGGAGCUGCCGGUGCCACUGGCCCCAGAGGAGAGCGUGGUUUCCCCGGAGAGAGAGGAGCUGCUGGUCCUCAGGGUCUGCAGGGACCCAGGGGUCUUCCUGGAACUCCUGGAACUGACGGACCCAAGGGAGCCAUUGGACCUGCCGGUGCCGCUGGAGCUCAAGGACCCCCCGGCCUGCAGGGUAUGCCUGGAGAGAGAGGAGCUGCUGGCAUUCCCGGACCUAAAGGAGACAGAGGUGACAUUGGAGAGAAAGGACCUGAAGGUGCUCCCGGCAAAGACGGUGCCAGAGGUCUCACAGGUCCCAUCGGUCCUCCAGGUCCUUCUGGUCCCAACGGUGAGAAGGGUGAAUCUGGUCCUGCUGGUCCUUCUGGAGCUCCUGGUACCCGCGGUGCGCCUGGUGACAGGGGUGAGACUGGACCUCCUGGGCCUGCUGGAUUUGCUGGACCCCCUGGAGCUGACGGUCAACCUGGAACCAAGGGAGAGCAGGGAGAAUCUGGACAGAAGGGAGACGCUGGUGCCCCUGGACCCCAAGGACCAUCUGGUGCCCCUGGACCUGCAGGUCCUACAGGUGUUUCUGGACCUAAAGGUGCUCGUGGUGCUCAGGGACCUCCUGGUGCCACUGGUUUCCCUGGAGCUGCUGGCCGUGUUGGACCCCCUGGUCCCAAUGGUAAUCCUGGACCUGCUGGUCCUGCCGGCCCUCCUGGCAAAGAUGGACCCAAAGGAGUGAGGGGAGAUGGUGGACCUCCAGGCAGACAGGGUGACGCUGGGCUCCGCGGUCCUGCUGGCACUUCUGGAGAGAAGGGAGAUGCUGGAGAGGAUGGUCCUCCUGGGCCCCCAGGUCCUUCAGGUCCUCAGGGUUUGGCCGGUCAGCGCGGUAUUGUCGGUCUACCUGGACAGCGUGGUGAGAGAGGUUUCCCUGGUCUGCCUGGACCUUCUGGUGAGCCCGGAAAGCAGGGAGGUCCUGGUGGCGCUGGAGACCGUGGACCCCCUGGACCAGUUGGACCUCCUGGACUCACGGGACCUGGAGGAGAGCCUGGCAGAGAGGGCAACCCUGGAUCUGAUGGACCUCCUGGUAGAGAUGGUGCAGCUGGAAUCAAGGGUGAUCGUGGUAACACCGGUCCUGCUGGUGCUCCUGGUGCCCCAGGCGCUCCUGGUGCCUCCGGUCCUGUUGGUCCUACCGGCAAACAGGGAGACAGAGGAGAGGCUGGUGCACAAGGACCUUCUGGACCUCCAGGACCUGCCGGAGCAAGAGGAAUGCCCGGACCCCAAGGACCCCGUGGUGACAAAGGUGAGGCUGGAGAGGCUGGUGAGAGAGGACAGAAGGGACACAGAGGCUUCACUGGUCUGCAGGGUCUGCCCGGACCUCCGGGUCAAGCUGGAGACCAGGGUGCUACUGGACCUGCUGGACCUUCUGGACAAAGAGGACCCCCUGGACCUGUUGGCCCUGCUGGAAAGGACGGUGCAAACGGCCUGCCAGGACCCAUUGGACCCCCUGGACCUCGUGGUCGCUCUGGAGAGACCGGUCCCGCUGGUCCCCCUGGAAACCCUGGACCCCCCGGUCCUCCUGGUCCCCCUGGCCCUGGCAUCGAUAUGUCUGCCUUCGCUGGCCUGGGUCAGACUGAGAAGUCCCCUGAUCCUCUCAGGUACAUGAGGGCCGACCAGGCUUCCGGAAACCUCCGUCAGCACGAUGCUGAGGUUGACGCCACCCUGAAAUCUCUCAACAACCAGAUCGAGAACAUCCGCAGCCCUGAGGGAUCCAAGAAGAACCCUGCUCGCACCUGCAGGGACCUGAAGCUCUGCCAUCCUGACUGGAAGAGCGGAGAGUACUGGAUUGACCCCAAUCAGGGCUGCACUAUUGAUGCAAUCAAGGUCUUCUGCAACAUGGAGACAGGAGAGUCCUGCGUCUACCCCAAGCCUUCCAGCAUCCCUCGCAAGAACUGGUGGUCCAGCAAGAGCAAAGACCGCAAACACGUCUGGUUCGGAGAGACAAUGAACGGAGGAUUCCACUUUAGCUAUGGUGAUGACAGCCUGGCGCCCAACACUGCUGCCAUUCAGAUGACCUUCCUGAGACUGCUGUCCACCGAGGCCUCUCAGAACCUCACCUACCACUGUAAGAACAGCGUGGCCUACAUGGACGCCUCAAUGGGCAACCUGAAGAAGGCCGUGCUGCUGCAGGGCUCCAACGACGUGGAGAUCAGAGCCGAGGGCAACAGCCGCUUCACUUACAGCGUGAUGGAGGACGGCUGCACAAAACACACGGGACAGUGGGGCAAGACAGUGAUCGAAUACAGAUCGCAGAAGACCUCUCGUCUCCCCAUUGUGGACAUUGCCCCCAUGGAUAUUGGUGGAGCAGAGCAGGAGUUCGGAGUCGAAGUUGGAGCAGUCUGCUUCUUGUAGAGAAUGAGGGAUCGAAAAGAAGAGAAACAAAAAAGUGGAAAUUUGAAAAAAAUUUAAAUGAAAGAGGAGCACACUUCAGAUAAAGGA